CUGCUGCACGGCGGGGCCGCGACUGCGGCAGGGGGCUCCGCGGUAGCUGCUGCAGGGCGGGGCUGUGACGGCGGCAGGGGGGCUCCGCGGCGGCUGCUGCAGGGCGGCGCCGUGAGCGCGGGCAGCAGCGCGGGGGACGGCGCGCGGCUCCCCAGGGCGCCGCGACGGGGCAGCGGGGGCCGCAAGCGGCUCCCCAAGGCGUCGCGACGGGGCAGCGGGGGGUCGCGCGCGGCUCCCCAGGGCGUCGCGACGGGGCAGCGGGGGCCGAGCGCGGCUCCCCAGGGCGUCGCGACGGGGCAGUGGGGGCCGAGAGCGGCUCCCCAGGGCGUGCAGCGGGGGCCGAGCGCGGCUCCCCAGGGCGCCCAUGAGGAGUACAAGUAG